GAAUUUUUCGUUCAACAGACAGUUUUAAAGGACAUUUCUAACCUACCUUAUCUUCACUACUCAAAGUAAAGUUACUGUCUAAGCGUACUUCAGUACCGUAAGGCUGUCAACAAUGGUCCUAAGGUGAAAUAACUGCUGAAGUGAUGUCUCGAGUCGCCAAGAAAGCUCCAUCUCUUUGCACGGAUUUACCACUGGACAACACUGACAUUUGUGACAAGCUUCAUAUUCUGGGGCAGCUUCUGAGAUCUUGUUUUGGUCCCACAGGUAGACUGAAACAAGUUCAUAACAACAUUGGAGGGCACGUUGUAACCACCUCAUCUUCCUCAGUUCUGCUUCCAGCAAUUUCUUCGCCACAACCUUUUAUUAAUCUGAUAAUAACCUCCAUUCGCAACCACGUUUCUCGUUACAGUGACUGUGGAUUGUUUGCUGCCAUUCUUUGUUUGGCUCUUAUUCAACAAGCAAAGCAGUCUGGUGUCAAAAGAAAUGUGGCUAUCAGACUGAACAAGCACUUUCUGGGUUUGUGCACCAGUUAUCUUCAUCAAGAAGACUGUGCAUGUAAAGUGAAGCUCGACUUCUGCAGCAGCCACAUCUUGAUCACAUUAGCUCACAGUGUUAUUUCCAGCAAACCAGCCAGUGUGCUAACAAAGCCAGAGGCACUUCACGUCAGCAAGCUGGCAGUGCAAGCCUUUUUGCUGACUGUGCCUUGUAAGAGCCCAGGUAUAGUCAGUCUUGGCAGGAUAGUGACUGUCUCUGUUGAAGGCCAAUCUGUGCUGGAUUCUGCAGUGUUUCCGGGCUUACUGGUGGACAUACCUGAUGUCUUUGGCAUCUUCAAGGUGGAGAAUCUUCCUCCUAAUCCACUGCGUAUGGUACUGUUUAGUGUAUCUCUUGCUGGGGAUCUUUCUGAACUAGGAAACGGGACAAUUGAGGUGCAUCAUGGUGCAAACACAGACUCUCAAAUUCUGGAUCAGCUCCUGGAGAUUGGCAAACAGGUGGUUAAAGACGAGGUGAAGCUCUUUGUGUGCCAGAAGGUCAUCCACCCAGUCCUGCAGCAAUACCUGAGGAGUCAUGGUAUCAUAGUGAUGGAGAGACUGGGGAUCACUCUUAUGGAGCCACUUAUUCAGCUGACAGGUGCUCAACCUGUGGCCACAUUACAUACCACAAUCCCACGCAAGGCCUAUGGAAACGUGAGGGAUCUCAGUUUUAGGCAGUUUGGAUCCAAGACAUUGCUGCAUUUACACCCUCCUGGGGAGUCAGUGAUCUGCACGAUGGUCCUCUGCCACAGGAAUGAAACAAUGUUAAAUGAGUUGAAGGUGGCGUGCCAGAAGACAGAACAUGUGUUGAGGCUCACCCUGAGGGAACCAUCUGCCUUACUUGGAGCUGGGUGCACUGAGACCCACUUAGCUGCUUACAUCAGACACAAGAGCAUGAAUGAUGUCAUUGAGACAGCGUCAGUGUUGGGAUGCUCACAGACAGAGUACCUGCUUGGCAUGGAGGCAUUCUGCCGCUCUCUGGAGUCUGUGGCUGCAGCGCUGGAGCACAAUGGUGGGAAUUCUCUUAUUGAUCUGACUUGUGCUCACCACUGGACUCUCCCUGCGGAUGUGAUGCAAGAACACAUGGAGGAUAGCUUGGGCCUUUGUGGCUGUGGACUAGUGGAAAGUAGCCCAAGAAUGAAGUGGAGUUAUCUUAACACUAAAUAUCCAGAGUUCUCACCUGCACCCUUGUCUAGAGACACGACUCUCCAGCCACAUGUACUGGACUCCUUCACAGCUAAGCUCAAUGCGUUGCAGGUUGCUGUAGAAACUGCUAAUAUUGCUCUGGAUGUGCAAUAUAUCAUUCAAGAUAUGAACUAGCGGAUGGAUGAAUAUAUUCUAUUCAGUGAGGGAUUCUGGUUUGUGGCGACCACAAUGAGGAAUAAAUGCUCUUUUUAUUUUUCGAAAGUAAUAUUUACUUUCUAUGUUAGCACUCACUUUAAUGAAAAUCUGAAUGAACCCUGGAGCCAGUCAGAGGGAUUGUUGACCCUCUGUCCUGUUGUUUCCAUCUUUUGAAAGUAUUGUGUUUAGUCAUUGUCUUAUUAUCAUAUUUGUCCAUAUUUUCCUUUAUAGAUAUAAACUGUCACUCUUUUUCUUAAUUUUGUGGGCUACUGGCUAUAAUCUACCAGCCUUGUUUUCAGCUCACAUAUGGUGUAUGUGUUUACUCUUAGUUUAGUGUUUGAGCUGGUAGGAAGCAACCUUUUGUCCACAUUGUCCAAAAUUUAAAAUUUACAAGCUAUAUCAGCCACAUUUCCAGCCAAUAAAACGUAGAAUUUAAAUGAUGCACAGUUAGAAGUGUUUGUAAGAUUGACAUGAAUCAAAAAAUUCAGCUUAUUUAUGAGACCUUUACGAUUACAAACUGGCAUUUUUCUGUUGCAAUUGUCUUUGGUCAGCACUAGGAGGAGCUGCAAGGACGCUGUAGAUUUUGUUUUUUACCAGCAUAGUACCAAAAGAAAAAAAACCUACCAGCUCUGGGCUUGUGGUAAUUUUCCACCCUAUUUCAUGACACUGUGUUACAUUCAAAAUGUUACCAGUCUUAACCUGCUGACUGGUGUUGGUGCCGUUCCUUGACUCUGUCUACUGUUCAGUGUUUCAUGCCAUGUUGCAGACAGUCAUAACCAUCUCAUGUGAUAGGACAAUGAGCCCAGAUUAUGACAAAUGAACGUUUAUUUCUUGUCACAAAAUCUCUUCCAAUCUGAAACUGUUCAUUUCAUGAAGUUUCACUUAUUAAUGUCUUUGAGUUUCAUUCAUAGCAGUGUGUACAGAAAGAGUUGAACAGAGUUUUGUAUAUGGGUUAACAUUAAAAUGUACCAGAAGUUG